AGAUAAGAAAUACUGUAAGGAUAAUUCACAAGUUACAAGAACGCCGUGCUAAACAAACGUGUUUUAUUUUUAUUUUUCCGAAGUACACAAAAAAAAUCAAAAUGGGGUGCGGUGAAUUUUUGGUGAAAUACAUACUUUUCUUCGCGAAUUUGUUCUUUGCGCUAGCGGGUCUGGCGCUGCUGGGCAUCGGCAUCGCGGUGGAGCUGAAGGUGGCCGCGGUGGUUAACUUCAUGGAGCAGAACCAGAUGCUGCAGAUGACGUCGAUCAGCGCCAUCGUGCUGGGUUCCGUCGUCUUCGUUAUCGCGUUCUUCGGCUGCUGCGGCGCGGUGCGGGAGAGCAACUGCAUGCUUGUCACGUACUCAAUCUUCAUGUUGGUGCUGAUGGUGCUGAAGAUAACCCUGGCGGUGCUGAUCUUCGUGAACCUGGACAGCUUCCUGGCGGAGGUGCCCAAGUGGCUCAACGAGGCCUUCGCCAAGGACCAGCAAGCAUUCCACGAGUUGGAACAAUCGCUGAAGUGCUGCGGCCCGACCGGCGCCAGCUCGUACCAGAACCUGGUUCUGCCGCAGAGCUGCUGCGCCUCCACCCCGUGCACCAUCGUCAACGCCUACACCUCCUGCAACGACGUCAUCCAGUCCUUCUUCAGCACCUUCGGCCUGGUGACCGGAGCCGUCGCCAUCGGCAUUGUCGCUGUCGAGCUGGUGGCAGUCGUUUUCGGCCUGUGCCUGGCAAAUCACGUCCGCAACAGGGACAGAAGAGCGUACUACUAAAUUUAAAAAAGUCCAAGAGAGGAAUUAAAUUUUAUAUCUUUUGGUAAAUUUUCUACACUAUGUACUUAAAACCACGUUCUUAAUGUCGGGAAUAAAAAGUUUAGUUUUGGAACGAAUUUUAUUCGCGACAUUAAGAAGUAGUUGUACAGGUGUUAUUCCUUAUAUUUUUAAGAAAACCCAAACAUAAUAUGUGAAAUUGACGAUUCAUGUCCAAUACUGUAAAUACAUAGGUAUCGAUAUUUUC